CACAGACCACUUUUCGCGGUAGGGUUUUCCGCCCUGCCAGCCAUUUUGCGCAUCCACACCACUCGGAUUUUGUUAGGCCGCGAGCUUGCAGGAGAGGCUGUUCCCUUCCAACGACCGAAGACCCUGUCGCCGUCAAAGGAAUCGUCGCCCAUCGCCCAUUUGACUCGACACCGACAUCUUUCACAAUGUCUUCCGGCAAGGUCAAGGCGGCCCAAUUGUGGUCCAAGAACAAGGAGGAUCUCACCAAGCAACUGGCUGAGCUGAAGACGGAGCUGAGCCAGCUCCGCAUUCAGAAGAUUGUCUCCUCGGGCACCAAGCUCACCAAGAUCCACGACCUUCGCAAGUCGAUCGCCCGCGUCCUCACUGUCAUCAAUGCGAACCAACGGGCACAGCUCCGCCUCUUCUACAAGAACAAGAAGUACCUGCCCCUUGACCUCCGAGCCAAGAAGACCCGUGCCAUCCGCCGCCGCCUGUCCCCCGAGGACGCCUCGAGAGUUCUGGAGAAGACCAAGAAGCGCCAAACGCACUUCCCUCAGCGGAAGUUUGCCGUCAAGGCUGCGUAAAGGCGUUUUCAUGGGUAAUGGGAUGGUUGUAUCUAGGGCACUUCCGGCGCGGUUCUAAAAGAUUUGGCACUCAACACAUUGCAUCAUCCCGGGGAAUCAAUCUGCUUUCAGGGUUUGGGGUGUUACUCGAGGUCAAUGAAUUAUCGGUCCCGGCAAGGUAUCCGUACCGCUGCGGAAUGAAAGCACUGCGCUGAACGCACACACAUCCGAGCCUUCUGUUGGUGAUGCACCCCCGAUGAUGUUGGGGGGUCUUGUGCUGGUUGGCACUGCGCUCGCAGGGGCCUAGCUGUGGACUGGUCCGGGCCAGCCGUGGACAUGGUUUUGGUCCGUUUUAUACCCCGCCAGAUAUAUGAUACAGUUGGUCGACAACAUCGUGAUUCCCUGUUCCGCCUCAUUCUUGAAG